AGCACCAUCCUUUUGCCUCCUAUUCACCACCCUUCUUCUUCUGAUUGACUGUUGUGAACGCAUAUUCUGAUUUAUGACUCUUUCGGUGAUAACUUUGCCCCUCAUUUAUGCGAGCCCAAUCUUUUGCAAUCAACCCCACCCAGGCAAGUUUCUUCUCGGUCGUCCAACCUCCUCGACCUCCUCCUCCUCCUCCUCUUCUACUCCACCUCCCCUCCAUCAAAAGCCUCAACUUUCGUUGCGCGCUCAUUUCUCUCCCUGUCUGGUCCAUCCACGACAGCUCUCAAAUAUCUUCAUACUCGAUCAGUGGCCUUUUGCCCACUCUCGAGUCAACAGAACCCCACUGCGCUCCGGCGUCGACAAGAAAAGUCCUCAUUAAUCAGCUUUUCGAAGCACCACCGCCACCAUGGUCAAUUUCACCGUCGAAGAGGUUCGCCAGUUGAUGGACAAGGCCUCCAACGUCCGUAACAUGUCCGUUAUUGCCCACGUCGAUCACGGAAAGUCGACCCUCACCGAUUCCCUCCUCUCCAAGGCUGGUAUUAUCUCCGCAGCAAAGGCCGGUGAUCAGCGAGCUACCGAUACUCGUGCGGAUGAGCAGGAGCGUGGUAUUACAAUCAAGUCGACCGCCAUCUCUCUGUACGGAAACUUGGAGAACGACGAGGAUCUCAAGGAUAUCGUUGGCCAGAAGACCGAGGGCCGUGAUUUCUUGAUCAACUUGAUCGAUUCACCCGGUCACGUCGAUUUCUCUUCUGAGGUUACCGCCGCUCUCCGUGUCACUGAUGGUGCCCUCGUUGUCGUUGAUACCAUUGAAGGUGUGUGCGUGCAAACCGAGACUGUGCUUCGUCAGGCUCUUGGUGAGCGUAUCAAGCCUGUUGUUAUCAUCAACAAGGUCGAUCGUGCUCUUCUCGAGCUCCAAGUCUCAAAGGAAGAUCUGUACCAGUCUUUCUCGAGAACCAUUGAGUCCGUUAACGUCGUUAUCUCGACCUACUUCGACAAGGUUCUCGGUGAUGUCCAAGUCUACCCAUACAAGGGUACCGUUGCCUUCGGUUCCGGUCUCCACGGAUGGGCUUUCACUGUCCGCCAAUUCGCUGUCAGAUACGCCAAGAAGUUCGGUGUUGACAGAAACAAGAUGAUGGAACGUCUCUGGGGCGACAACUACUUCAACCCCCACACCAAGAAGUGGACCACCAAGGGUACCCACGAGGGCAAGCAAUUGGAGCGUGCCUUCAACCAGUUUAUCCUGGACCCCAUCUUCAGAAUCUUCAACGCUGUUAUGAACUUCAAGAAGGAUGAGGUUGCCACUCUUCUCGAGAAGCUCUCCAUCAAGCUUUCCUCCGAUGAUAAGGACAAGGAGGGCAAGCAAUUGUUGAAGGUUAUCAUGAGAACUUUCCUCCCUGCUGCUGAUGCUCUCAUGGAGAUGAUGAUUCUCCACUUGCCAUCCCCAGUCACUGCCCAGAAGUACCGUGCAGAGACCCUCUACGAAGGUCCGCCCGAUGAUGAGGCUUGCAUUGCUAUCCGCGACUGUGACCCCAAAGGUCCUCUCAUGUUGUACGUCUCCAAGAUGGUGCCAACAUCUGAUAAGGGUCGUUUCUACGCUUUCGGUCGUGUUUUCGCUGGUACCGUCCGUUCCGGUCUUAAGGUCCGCAUCCAGGGCCCCAACUAUACCCCUGGUAAGAAGGAUGAUCUCUUCAUCAAGGCCGUUCAACGUACCGUUCUCAUGAUGGGUGGAAAGGUCGAUCCUAUCGAUGAUGUCCCAGCCGGUAACAUUCUUGGUCUUGUCGGUAUUGAUCAGUUCUUGUUGAAGUCCGGAACUCUCACCACCAGUGAGACCGCCCACAACUUGAAGGUCAUGAAGUUUUCCGUCUCCCCUGUCGUCCGUCGUUCCGUCGAGGUCAAGAACGCCCAGGAUCUCCCAAAGCUUGUCGAAGGUCUUAAGCGUCUUUCAAAGUCCGAUCCUUGUGUUCUGACCAUGAUCACCGAGUCCGGUGAGCACGUUGUCGCUGGUGCCGGUGAGUUGCACUUGGAGAUUUGCUUGAAGGAUCUUGAGGAGGAUCACGCUGGUGUCCCUCUCCGUAUUUCUGACCCUGUCGUCGCUUACCGUGAGACUGUCACCGAGAAGUCUAGCAUCACUGCUCUCUCCAAGUCCCCCAACAAGCACAACCGCCUUUACAUGAUUGCUGAGCCAAUGGAUGAGGAGCUUGCUAAGGAGAUCGAGGCUGGAAAGAUCUCACCUCGUGACGAUCUCAAGGCUCGUGCCCGUAUCUUGGCUGAUGACUUCGGCUGGGAUGUUACCGAUGCCCGUAAGAUUUGGUGUUUCGGUCCAGAUACCAGCGGUGCCAACUUGUUGGUUGACCAGACCAAGGCUGUCCAAUACUUGAACGAAAUCAAGGAUUCCGUUGUUUCCGGUUUCCAAUGGGCUUCAAGAGAAGGUCCAGUUGCUGAGGAGCCAAUGAGAGGUAUCCGAUUCAACAUUAUGGAUGUUACCCUCCACGCUGAUGCCAUCCAUCGUGGUGGUGGACAACUGAUUCCAACUGCUCGUCGUGUUCUCUACGCUUCCGCCCUCCUUGCCACCCCUGCCCUCCAGGAGCCCGUCUUCUUGGUCGAGAUUCAAGUACCCGAGAGCGCCAUGGGUGGUGUUUACGGUGUCCUUACCCGCCGUAGAGGUCACGUCUUCAACGAAGAGCAACGUCCAGGAACCCCUCUUUUCACCAUUAAGGCUUACCUCCCAGUCAUGGAGUCUUUCGGCUUCAACGCUGAUCUCCGCUCGCACACCUCCGGACAGGCCUUCCCAACUUUGGUCUUUGACCAUUGGCAAAUUCUUCCCGGUGGAUCCGCUCUUGAUGGAACAUCAAAGGUCGGUACCAUCGUCCAGGAGAUGCGUAAGCGCAAGGGUCUCAAGGUCGAGGUACCAGGUGUUGAGAACUACUAUGAUAAGCUAUAGAUGCAUCCUAUCAAAAUGGAUAGAUCUCCUCCUCAACUCUCUCCAGUGUUGUGCAUCUCCCUCCAAGAAAGACUGUCAUCGUUUUUCUCCGACACGCGUAUCACGACUAUUAUGACAAAGACAAAAAGCACAGCAGACUUCGGCAUUUUCGAUCGAUGGGCGGGCUUGAGUUGGGUUGAGUCCUGAGGCUCGACCUGAAAAGACACAAGCAAGCAAGCUGGACUACAACGUGACACAUCCAUCAAAUCCUCCAUCCAUGCUUUUCCUUCCUUUUUUUUCUGCUGCGGUCAAUUUCGGGUUUUCAUGUAUGUAGCUGCAUGAGAAUUGAAAUACAUUAGAACA